AUGCCGGACUAUCUAGGCGACGAUCAACGUAAGACGAAACCGAAAGAUGAUAAAGAUGAAGAUAAACCUAUUACAGCACUUGAUGAAACUGAAAUUGCUCUUCUAAAAUCAUACGGAGCUGGACCAUACGAUAAAGCAAUCAAACAAACAGAAGAAGAUGUACAAUCAACACUAAAACGUGUGAAUGAGUUAUCUGGAAUUAAAGAAUCAGAUACGGGUUUGGCACCACCGGCGUUAUGGGAUCUUGCAGCUGAUAAAACUGCGCUACAAAGUGAACAGCCAUUACAAGUGGCAAGAUGUACAAAAAUAAUCAAUGAAGGCACUGACACUGUCUCUCCAACAGAUAUUGAAGAAGGAAUGCGUGUGGGUGUUGAUCGAAAUAAAUAUCAAAUUCAUCUUCCAUUACCACCUAAGAUUGAUCCAUCUGUCACCAUGAUGCAAGUGGAAGAAAAACCAGAUGUAACAUACAGUGAUGUUGGAGGAUGUAAAGAACAAAUAGAAAAACUUCGUGAAGUUGUUGAAUUACCACUUUUACAUGUAAAAAAAUUUGUUAAUUUGGGUAUUGAACCGCCAAAAGGUGUUUUAUUGUAUGGACCACCAGGCACGGGGAAAACAUUAUGUGCAAGAGCAGUUGCUAACAGGUAA